AGUUUGGAAAGGAGAUAAAACUCCCUCAUCACUUUGACCUAAUCCCCUUCUCUCUCAAUAAAUCGAUCCGCGAAAACCCUAGCCCUGGCCUAGAUUCCUCAGAUCUAAACCCUAGAUUCUCGAAUUAGGGGUAGGACGUACGUGCGGCUAUGGCUGAGCCAGAGGUGGAUGAGUACGAGAGCGAUCCCGAUGACGCGAUGGAUCUGUCGGCGAUGAGGCGGAGGGAGGCGAGCGACGACGGCCGGGAAUCGGACGGCGAGGGCGGCGCUCCGGCGUACGAGAACGAGGAGGAACAGGACGAAGAGUAUGAUGAAGAAUAUGAGGAGGAGAUUGAAGAGGAGGAUGAGAUCGUUGUUGAGGAGGAAGAGGAGAAGGAUCUCGAAGGAGGGGAUGAGAAGGAUCUAGAAGGUUCUAGAAGGAAGGACGAUGACGAAGAAGGGGAGAAGAGGGACGGAGAAGGGGAGGGGAGCAAGAAGGAGAACGAGCCAUUUGCGGUGCCAACUGCAGGGGCUUUUUACAUGCAUGAUGAUAGGUUCCAAGAAAACGGGAGAGGACGGCAAAGACGUAUGCCUGGGGGACGGAGGCUAUGGGAAUCCAAAGAUGAUCGUGCUUGGGUACAUGAUAGGUUUGAAGAGAUGAAGUUGAACGAUGAUCGGUAUGAUCAGGGAAGGCGAAACUCCAGAGGAGGCCGUUUCAGGGGCCGUGGUGGGGGAAGACCCCGGGUUGCUGGACGUGCUUAUGUUAAAGGCAACAGCAGGCCUCGAGGUUACUAUGAUGAUGUUAACAACCAAAACCGUGAUGGUAACAGCCAAAUCCGUGAUGGUAACAACCAAAACCGUCCUCAGAAGUCUGUGAGAGGAAGGGGACCAAGACGUUAUGAACCUAUCUUUAGGAACAAUGAAGUCUCUGCAUCUCAUAACAAGCAAAACAAGCAGCCUGCAAAAACUCGAGAUUCAACAUUGAAUAUUGGUACAGGGAAACCAUCCUCACAGACUCCAAAUGUUCAAUCCGAUCCGGCUAUCCCAAGGAAGAAUGCAUUUGCCUCAAGUUUGAACUCUGCUUCUCCCCCAUUUUAUCCCUCCGGCUCAUCCAAGCAAGACUUAUCUGUGACUCAGAAAAGGGAUGCCCAUGUUGGAAAUACGAAUAAGAUUGUAGCAUCUUCUUUGCACAUGGGAAAUAAUUUCCUGUCAUCACAAUCUGGUUCGACAUUCAGAGCAAAAGCUACGGAAGAUUCUUUUAGUCAUGACAGGAAAUACAUAGAUGAUUCUCUUCGCUCUGUUGCUGGGAAGGCUCUGGCCAAUGCUCAGGUGCAGUCUUCAGGAUCUCCUUUAACUUCUGCAAAUAUGACCCAAACUUCUCAAUCCAGAGCCCAAGGCAGAAAUUCAAACACUACUGGACAGCCAAAUUAUCAGCCAACCAAUUUAGUUAGCCAAGUCCCAAGAGCUCCUCAACAACUUCAGGCCCCACUUGGGCAGCAAAGACCACAGACCCAGUAUCAACCUGCCCUACGUGUUUCUACUCAACAGGUGGUUCAGCGACGACCUUCCAGUGGAAAUCAAGUUUCAUCUCCUCCUCAUGCUCCGACGACAAAUGCAUCUGGACUUGGAGAGACAGAUUCACCUUUGGACUCAAAUAAUUCUAAGACUCAACUUAUUGCAAGAGGGAAAACUGGCAGCCAAGGAGCUGGUCGAGGUUCUUUUCUGUACAAUGGAGCUCAAAUUAUUGGAGCAUCAGGGGCUAUGGGUCUAAGCCAGAAUGACCAGAACUUUCCUGGAACUCUGUUGCCAGUCAUGCAAUUUGGGGGUCAACAUCAUGGUGGGAUUCCUGCUCUUGGCAUGGCAUUUCCAGGAUAUGUGGCCCAACCACAGCAAGGUCUUGGAAGUUCUGAAAUGACGUGGGUCCCUGUAUUGGCUGGUGCUGCGGGAGCAUUAGGUGCAUCUUACCCUUACAUUGCUCUUGAUGGAAGUUACUACCCCCAGCCAUCAGGACAGGCAUCUUCUGCAGCUGGUUCUAGAGAAACUAGUGCACCCAAGCCAGCUGAUACAUUGAAACCUCCAGAAAGACUUGAGAUAGUAAAUGAUGAAUUUGGGCAACGUCAGAAUAAGCCUCGUAGAUAUUCGGAGAUGAACUUUGGACAGUGAAGUGCAUAUGGAGGAUGAGUGUAUUUUAAUAAGUAGCUUAAGGCUCGUUCCUGUGCCCUCAGUGAUCUUUGGCUUUUGAUCUGGAGCACUUUGGGCUGCUCAGUACCCCAAGAUAUUUUAGAUAUGUAAGGCCUGCUCAUGCUGCGGUCCAAGUGAAAAAGACCAUACCAUGGCUGGGCGGGUGGUAUUUUGUAGUUUGAACUGUGGUUUUCUUUUUGUAAGCUGUGGUGGAAGCUUGAGAUAAUUGUGUAUGCAAGCUGUGGUUUGAGAAAGAUUGAGAUAUGAAGGCUGAAAAAUAAUUUUUAGUUGGUGGGGUUUUCUGUUUUAUUUUUUCUUUUUAUCCUUGCCCGUUCCUAUUUGUGGUUUGGCUGUAGUGACAUUUUGUGGGAAUGAAUCUGUUUUUUUUCUUUUUUUUUUUUUUU